UUGUAAUCAAAACUCAAACCCCAAGCAAAGACCUCUUCUUCACCAAAACGCCAAAUCAUUACCGUCUGGGGAUUUUCUUCGGAUCCCUUGCACGUUAUCUUCAUCGCCCUCCCUCGUUCUUCUCACUCUCUCUCCAAAUUUUCUCUCCACUAAUUCUGGGUCUGGUGUUCUUUUCUUUCUUUCUCGUUUCUGGGUUUUGUUCCGUUGUCGGAAUUUGAUGUGCUGAUAGAGAUUUGAUGGAGAAAGGAGUCAACGAGAGGAAGAAGAAGGUGGACGACGGGUUUUUGGGUGGGUUGUUUCCUGUUUCUACGACCAAGAUCGAGUGGAAAUCCAGAAAAAGAUCAGCAGCAGUGAAACCAGACAAGACAACGGAAACUGUUGAGAAUGAAACACCAGAGAAGAAGGAAACAGCGAUGGAAACCGAGAAGGUGGUGGAACCAAUGACCACAACCCCUGUCCUUUCCGAGCGUAGAAGAGCUCUCUUCCAGCCGCUUGAACCUGUAGAAAACAUCAACGGGAAACGGCCAUCGGCCGAGACAUUGCUGCCACCGCCAGACUUUGAAUCUGCAAACUACCCGAAAGGAUGGUUGGUCGGGAAGAAGAGGAAGUUGGUGAACGUUGAUGUGGUUGAGAGUAUGAGGAGAAUUGCUGUCCAAGAAAUGAACAGAAAGGAUCGGGAGAUAGAUGGGUUAAACGAGCAGUUAGAGGAAGAUUCCCGGUGUUUGGAACAUCUGCAGCUUCAGCUACUGCAAGAACGAAGCAAACGAACAGAGGUCGAGAGAGAGAACACAAUGUUGAAAGAGCAGAUUGACAUGUUGAUGAACAUGUUACACGAAGAAGAACCUAUUGGAGACAACGAAGAACUAGAUGAACCCUAGCUUUUGUCCAAGCAUCUGUCUUUACCUAUAUAUCGUCUGUCUUGUUUGUUUAUUCUUUGUAGAUUUGUUGGUCCAAAAACAGACAAAAAAAAAGAAGCUUAGAAAUU